AUGCUCUCCUCGAGCAGAACCGCAUCCUCUCGUCUCUGCUGGCCGCUCAAGAGGGUCUGUCCCCGGCUGAGCUGCGAGCAGAGAGCCGCCGCCAGCACUCAACGGAAAGAACUAAUCAAGAAAAGAGAACUAAACCAAGAUGAACUGCGACCCCUCUACAUGGAUUUUCAAGCCACCACACCUAUGGAUCCUCGUGUUUUGGAUGCUAUGUUGCCAUAUCAGGUGAAUUACUACGGCAACCCUCACUCCAGGACGCACGCCUAUGGCUGGGAAAGCGAAACCGCCAUGGAGACGGCAAGGAAGCAGGUGGCUGAUCUGAUCGGCGCCGAUCCCCGUGAGAUUAUCUUCACCAGCGGGGCAACUGAAUCCAACAACAUGGCCGUCAAGGGCGUGGCCCGAUUCUACCAAGGAAAGAAGCGUCACGUAAUCACCUCCCAGACGGAGCAUAAGUGCGUUCUGGACUCGUGUCGGAUUCUGGAGUCUGAGGGAUUCCGCGUAACUUACUUGCCCGUGCAGACGAAUGGGCUGAUCGACCUUGAGCUGCUGGAGGCAUCCAUGACUCCCGACACGUCUCUGGUGUCCAUCAUGACCGUCAAUAAUGAAAUUGGAGUCAUGCAGCCCGUUAAGGAAAUUGGUCGUCUCUGCCGCUCCAAGGGCGUCUUCUUCCACACGGACGCUGCACAGGCUGUUGGGAAAGUUCCCAUCGAUGUGACAGACGCCAACAUCAACCUCAUGUCAAUCAGCGCCCACAAAAUAUACGGCCCUAAAGGCGUUGGUGCGCUAUAUGUGCAACGGCGGCCGCGGGUGCGACUGGAGCCGUUGCAGAACGGCGGCGGCCAGGAAAGAGGCCUGCGCUCGGGGACUGUGCCCACCCCACUAGCCGUGGGCUUGGGGGCUGCCUGCAGCAUUGCACAGCACGAGAUGGAGUACGACCACCAAAGAGUGACCAUGCUGUCAAACCGUCUGGUCCAGAAGAUUACCUCUCAGAUUCCUGACGUGAUCAUGAACGGAGACCCGCAGCAACGGUACCCAGGCUGCAUCAACUUGUCGUUUGCUUACGUGGAGGGAGAAAGUCUACUGAUGGCACUCAAGGACAUUGCGCUGUCAUCUGGCAGUGCGUGUACAUCAGCUUCACUGGAGCCGUCAUACGUCCUGCGAGCUAUCGGUGCUGAUGAGGACCUCGCCCAUUCCUCCAUCAGGUUUGGGAUCGGUCGCUUCACCACAGAGGAAGAAGUCGACUUUACAGCGGAGAAAUGCGUCCAUCAGGUGCAAAGACUUCGCGAGAUGAGUCCUCUUUGGGAGAUGGUUCAAGAAGGCAUCGACCUGAAGAGCAUCAAAUGGACGCAGCACUAG